AUGCGGGUCACAGCACACGUCAACAACUCCAUCCCACGGUGGGCACGGUCGGUCGGGUCCUCACACACGGCCCCGCCCCUCUGCCGCGUGGUGCCUGCCUGCCUGCCCCACCUCCGGGCCCUGCCUGCGGGAGCUCCUGGGGCCUCCCAGCCCACUGCCCAGCACUGGGAGGGGCAGGUUCGGGACCUUGCCCUUGCGCGCUCCUGUGCUCUGCGGCCUGACAACCAGACCCUGCCCCAGCGCAGCCCUCUCCGCUCGCGAGCCUGGUGCGGGAGAGCGGCCUUCGUACCUCCGGCACCUGACUGGUACUCGGAGUUCAAGCCAGAAGCCAGGGGUCCUGCACCUGACUCCAACGCAUGGCCACAACCCCGCAGUUCCAGGUCUGCCAUGACGGACCGCCUGCUCUGCUCCCUGGCCAUCUGUCUCAUCCUAACGACCCGCGGGGGUCAGCCGGGGGACGGCGGAGCCCAUGCCAAGGCCGCGGAUGCCCAGGGGGGGCGGUUCGCCAAUGCAAGUGGGGGCCUGCCCCUGCUCCCCGCCAACUUCCACAAGGAGAACACGGUCACCAACGUGUGGCUGCAGGAGGGGGAGGAGGACGACGACUACGUGGACCUGGAGAAGCUGCUCAGCGAGGAUGACGACUACAUCGACGUCAUCGACGUGGCCACGCCCGUGGACCUGGGCGCCGGUGCCGGCAAGGAGCUCCAGCUCUUCGCGGGCAAGAGCCGGAUCCAGCGCCUGAACGUGCUGAACGCCAAGUUCGCCUUCAGCCUCUACCGGGCCCUGAAGGGACGGGCCGCGGCCUCUGAGAACAUCUUCCUGGCACCCAUUGGCAUUUCCACGGCGAUGGCCAUGAUCUCCUUGGGCCUUGAGGGGGCCACUCGGGAGCAGGUGCACUCAGUCCUACACUUCGAGGACUUCGUCAACGCCAGCAGCAGCUACGAAACGCUGACCGUGCACAACCUCUUUCGCAAGCUCACGCACCGUCUCUUCAGGAGGAACUUUGGGUACACGCUGCGGAUGACACACAACCGCAACUUCCGGCUGAACGAGCGGGAGGUGGUCAAGGUGCCCAUGAUGCAGACCAAGGGCGCCUUCCUGGCGGCCAGUGACCAGGAGCUGGACUGCGAGGUGCUCCAGCUGGAGUACGUGGGGGGCAUCAGCAUGCUUGUAGUGGUCCCCCACAAGCUGUCAGGCAUGAAGACCCUGGAGGCCCAGCUGACGCCCCAGGUGGUGGAGCGGUGGCAGAAGAGCAUGACAAACAGAACGAGAGAGGUGCUUUUGCCGAAAUUCAAGCUGGAGAAGAACUACAACCUGGUGGAGGCUCUCAAGUCGAUGGGGAUCACAGAGCUAUUUGACAAAAACGGCAACCUGUCUGGGAUCUCCCAGGAGAAGAUCACCAUUGACCUGUUCAGGCACCAAGGCACCGUCACAGUGAACGAGGAGGGCUCCCAGGCGGCCGCCGUGACCACAGUGGGCUUCAUGCCACUGUCCACCCAGGUCCGUUUCACCGUCGACCGCCCCUUCCUGUUCCUGGUUUAUGAGCACCGCACCAGCUGCCUGCUGUUCAUGGGCCGGGUCACCAACCCCCUCAAGUCCUAA